AUGUCCGAGGACGGCGACAACACGCCAGCCACCCAAGCCUCCAUGGAAGCUAUGUUCGACAAGCUUGUGAAGAUGGUCGGCGGCCUUGGCAAGCGCAUGGACGGUGAAAUCUCUUCCGUUCGCCAAGAAGCUAGCCUCAUCUCCGCCUCCAUGAAGAACGUCCAGACCCAGCUCCUGGACAAGCAAGUCCGUUUCGACACCCACGAUGCCUCAUCGUCUGGCCCACCGCCGGUGUCCGGCCACAAGCUGCGAUUCCCCAAGUAUGACGGCAGCGACGAUCCCAUCACUUGGCUGCACAAGGGAGAGCAGUUCUUCCGCGCCUACGGUACACCGGAACAUCUCAAGGUUCCGACGGCGUCCUUCUAUCUCGACGGCGCCGCCGGCCAGUGGUACUACCGCUUGGAGAAGAAUCAGGGUGUUCCAUCUUGGACGCAAUUCGUAGAUGGCAUCAACCGGCGUUUCGGGCCGCCGCUCCGCAGCAACCCCCUGGGUGAACUCACCCAACUCCGCCGCACGUCCACCGUCGACGACUAUCAGGAGCAGUUCCUCGUACUCCUGGCGCAGUGUGAGGACGUCAUGGAGUCGCAGCAGAUCGCCAUCUUUACGGUGGGUCUGCAACAGCCCCUCAGCACUGACGUCGAACUACAGAAGCCGGCAACGUUGGAGGACGCCAUGGCGCUCGCCCGCGCAUUCGAACGUCACCAACACGUGACCAUGGAGCUGCCCGCCACGGGAGUGCGCGCACCGUCUCGUGCGUCUCAGCGUUCCAUGGCCUCUUCGUCUCGGUCAACGUCAGCCCCAAGCGCCACAGCGCCCAGCUCGGCGGCUGCAACACCCAAGGCGCCAACACCGACAGAUGGCCGCUUCAAGUGCCUGUCACUAGAAGAGAUGACCCAGAGACGUCUCGAGGGGCUGUGCUUCAACUGCCCAGAGAAAUUUUCCAAGGAACAUGCCAAAGUUUGCUCCGGCAAAGGCAUCUACUACCUGGAACUCGGUGACGACGAUGCAUCUGACGACGGCACGGCAGAGGACGACAUCACCAUCUCGGUGAAUGCGGUCACCGGCAUCCACACGUCCUCCACACUCCAGUUCCAUGUGACGAUCGGUGGUGCCUUCAUGAUCGCGCUGAUCGACUCCGGCUCUACCCACUCCUUCAUCUCCGACGCGUCGGCGCACCGCAUCGGCCUCAAACCGGUCCCACGGUCGGGUCUCUCGGUGGCGGUCGCCAACGGCGACAGAGUUCCCACAUCCGAGCCCUUCUCCGUCGACCUCUACACCAUCCCAUUGGUGGGCUAUGAUCUGAUCCUUGGGUGCGAAUGGCUGCGCACCCUGGGACCGGUGGUCUGGGACCUCGACAAGCUGUCCAUGAUCUUCUGGCACCACGAUCACAAGGUGCAGUGGACCGGGAUCACCACCGUACCAUCACCGCGGCUGACGGCGAUUCAGGGCAUCAACCCUCUACAGGCCCUGCUCGCCGAGUUCGAUGAUCUUUUCACGAUUCCGGUGGGACUGCCACUGCCAAGGUCCCUGAACCAUCGGAUUCAUCUACUGCCAAACGCACCGCCGGUCGCAGUGCGUCCAUACCGGUACGCCCAACUCUUGAAGGACGAAAUUGAGGCCCAGUGCCAGGCGAUGUUGGAACAAGGCAUCAUAAGAGCAAGCACAUCGGCGUUCUCGUCGCCGGUCUUGCUGGUCCGCAAGCGCGACGGCUCUUGGUGCUUCUAUGUCGACUACAGGGCUCUCAAUAGCAACACCGCCAGGGACAAGUUUCCCAUCCCGAUUGUGGAAGAGCUCCUGGACAAACUGAAGGAUGCUGUCUUCUUCACCAAGCUCGACCUCCGCAGCGGAUAUCAUCAAGUCCGUAUGCAUCCGGACGAUGUGGCCAAGACGGCGUUCCGCACACACCACGGCCAUUACGAGUUUUAG